GUAGAGUAGACCAUAUGCACAAGUAAUAAACCAAAACCGGUGUUGAAUUGAAAGAAAUCACGAGCAUGGAGCCUCUCUUACCAUCCUCUUUUUCUUCAAAAGUGAAGCGUUCUUAACUUCGAAAUCGUCAAUAAAAUCAAACCCCAAAGAAAGCAGAGCUCUGAACCGCAAAAUCAAGCAAAGAUGGUGGCUCUCAAAGAAGGGAGCAGACCGCCAUGGGUGGGCCUGGGAGCGGCUGUUUGGGUUCAAAUAGCUGCAGGGAACGCCUACACCUUCCCUCUCUACUCUCCAUCUCUGAAAUCAGUUCUGGGUUUCAGUCAGCAGCAGCUCACCAUUCUUGGAGUGGCCAAUGACAUUGGGGAAAAUGUGGGGAUUCUUCCAGGGAUUGCCUGCAAUAAGUUCCCUCCCUGGUCUGUCCUUCUCGUUGGAGUUGCUUGUGCUUUCUGUGGCUAUGGUGUUCUUUGGCUUGCUGUUAGCCAGACUGUGCAGUCCUUGCCUUACUGGCUUUUAUGGGUUGCACUGUGUGUUGCUACAAACAGUAGCGCGUGGCUCGGGACAGCUGUGCUUGUUACCAACAUGAGGAACUUUCCUCUCAGCAGGGGCACUGUUGCUGGGAUACUCAAAGGCUACAUCGGUAUAAGUGCUCAAGUUCUCACUGAGGUAUUCACUAUGGUUCUUGACCAGUCGGCGUCCAAGUUACUGCUUUUCCUAACAUCGGGAAUUCCCAUUCUCUGUUUGUUGAUGAUGUAUUUCGUUCGUCGCUGCACACCGGCAUCUGGGGAGGAUUCUCCAGAACGUUUUCACUUUCUUUUCACACAAGCGUCGAGUGUCUUUCUUUCCAUAUAUCUUCUAGCCACCACAUAUUUGAAGGACACGGUCUCUCUCAGUCGUGGUAUCAGCUAUGCAUUAAUUGCCAUUAUGGUCAUUCUCUUGAUGUCCCCUCUUGCAAUUCCAUUGAAAAUGACAUUAUUCCCAAUGAGGCGUAAGAACACGGCCCAAGUUGAAGUAAAAGAAGGUGAUUCUGGCCAAACAACUCCUUUAUUAUUAACACCAUCUUCUUCAUCGGCAUACCUUGGUAGCUUCCGCGAAGGUGAAGAAACGUCAGACACUGAAAUCUUGCUUGCUUUGGGGGAGGGUGCUGUGAAACCUAAAAGAAAACCCCAUCGAGGAGAUGAUUUCAGGUUCCGUGAAGCUGUUAUAAAGGCCGAUUUCUGGCUCCUUUGGUUUGCGUAUUUCCUCGGGGUCGGUUCUGGAGUUACCGUCCUUAACAAUUUGGCACAGAUUGGAGUUUCACUUGGUGUCGAUGAUACAACGACAUUGCUGAGCUUGUUUAGCUUUUGUAAUUUCUUGGGUCGUCUUGGUUCUGGUGCAGUAUCUGAGCAUUUUGUGAGGUCAAGAACGAUUCCCCGUACAUUUUGGAUGAUAGUGACCCAAACGGUAAUGAUCAUAACAUUUCUCCUAUACGCAUCAGCUCUUCGGGGGACACUAUACCCUGCUACCGCAUUGCUUGGGAUUUGCUUCGGGGUUCAGUUUGGCAUUAUGAUCCCAACCGCUUCUGAGCUUUUCGGGUUGAGACAUUUUGGGGUCAUCUUCAACUUCAUGCAGCUGGGGAACCCCAUAGGCGCGCUUCUCUUCUCUGGUGCGCUCGCUGGCUAUGUGUAUGAUACAGAGGCUGCCGCUCAACAUGUUGCCCAUUGUAUGGGUCCGAAUUGCUUCCGGCUCACAUUCCUAGUUUUAGCCGGAGUUUGUGCUCUGGGCUCUGUCUUAAGUGUCAUUCUCACAGUAAGAAUCAGACCGGUGUAUCAGAUGCUUUACGCUGGUGGGUCUUUCCGCGUGCAACAGAGCUCGGUCCAUUGAUAAAACUGAGCUAUUCGGUGUGAAUUUUGAAACUCUUCUUGUAAUUCUUCUGUUGUUAAUCGAAAAUCAAGCUGCCGAAAUGGUCCUUAGAAUUUGUCGUAAUUCAUACGAAAACUUGUUAAAACUCAAAAGCAGUUGUAUUCUUAUGUUGUGUGAGUUAGACAAUUUCUUUAUCAGUUUUUUUGUUGAUUGUUGACUAAUAUUUAGCAAUCCAGAUAAUGAAUCCACUGCAGCUCAUAAUAAUGGAAAAAGUAAUGA